GUCCUCGGGUCCAGAAUCGUCCGUGUGCGUGUUUAAGCUGCAGGACAUCAGAGCGGUGUUCGCUGGGACCUACAUGAACUUCGACUUCCAGAACCAGCAGUGGAGUACAGUGCUGGGAAAACACCCCUACCUGGGACAGUGUGGACUGGACAAAGCUUCAGAUUCUGAAUUAGAGCAGGUGAAGAAGAGUUUCAUGACCAGCGGCAAGGUGAAACCGGUCGGAGGCGGUCCCGUCGUGGUUUCUUCAGGGCAGCAGUACAGUCACGUAGCAGCGCUGAGGACGCAGGCAGCCAAUGGAAACCCGUAUACUGUCCUUUUCCUUCUUACAGAGUCUGGAUUCCUCCACAAAGUGGUUUUGUUGGCUCGGGGUGCGCAUGUUGUUGAGGAGAUUCAGGUUUUCUCUCAGCCUCAGCUGGUGAAAAGCAUCGUCCUCUCCUCCUCAAAGGGAGUUGUCUACGUGGGGACAUCGGAGGGCGUGACGGCGGUCCCGGUGGCCCGGUGCUCGGGCUACAGGACCUGCAGCCAGUGUGUUCUGGCCAGAGAUCCGCUGUGUGGAUGGAGCCGCUCCGCUGGCGUCUGCACCGCCCUGGACGCCCAGCAACACGACAUGGCUCAAGACCUGGAGGACGGUAAUGUUGAAAAACAAUGUCCGGGACAAACCAGGAACAGUCUGCUCCCAGCCACAGAAGUCCGCGUUCGUCUGAACGAAGCGGUGAGGCUUCAGUGUCGGAAACCUUCCAACAUGGCCGCUCUGACCUGGACUUCCUCUCGAUCCGACAGCAUGCCGGACAAACUCUUCAUCCGCUCAGCUGACGGAAGUCUGAGCUUCCUCGCCGCUGCCGAAACCUUCGGGACGUAUCGCUGCGAGGCGGAGGAAGGCGGGUACAGGGAAACAGUCGCCAGCUACGAGGUCCAGGACAUCGCUCCUCCGCAGAUCGCCUCGCCGCGCUCCUUCAGCCCCUUUCCCAAAGACGACCACGAGACCGACAGUGAAGACGAACCCUUGGAAGAAAUUUUCUUUCCCACUGAGGAACCGAAGACUUCUACCACGAAACCUUCAGGAGAACCGGAGGACUCCGGGAUGAAAGACAAAGGUGUGCCGGGGACGACCGAUUGGAGCGAUGUAUACCCGACCGAUUUAAGAGACGAGAUCGUCGUCGCCGACAAAGCCGAUUCUGGGUUGAAGAACGAGAUCAAGGUGACUCCCGAAAGAGACGCCAGGUUGGGGGUGGAGCCGGCUGACGAACGCCUCCGCGUCCGAGAGAAGAGCUUCUACAGCGAGCUGGUGGUCGUUUCCCUCCUGCUGGCGGCCUGCGUCUGCGUCCUGAUACUCGCAGGAAUCCACGUGUGGCGCCAAAGGAAAACGGGACUCAAAAAGAUUUCUCUGGUCGGUUCGGAGGACGGCGGCAAAACCAACCAAUCGAUGGAGACCGUUCCGUCUCUGAGCAGCCCCGAGGACGCCGGGGGGCCCGAGGUGAAGGUGGAGUAACGACUCAACUCAUAGUCCUACGCUGGAAGUGCCGAUUGACCGAAGUUAACUCGCCAUUAAUCGCACAUUUUCUUAUCUGCUCUAAAUGUACUUUAAAGGGAUAUUGUUCAAGUUUGUAUUGCUCUUAUUAACAGUGUGGGCCCAUAGACUGUAUAUGAAUGGACAGAGCAUGUGUGACGUCACCCAUUGGUUUGUGGAGAUCUGCUAUGAGUCGUCGAGUUUGCCGUUACAGGCGCUGCCACCCUGGUUGUGGAUGUGACGAUUUUAGACGAGAGGGAGGAGAGAGGGAGGAGCUGCUUACACUCUACGUUACACACUUUCACUGGCAAUCACAUCAUAGCCACGCCCUAAAACACCCCCUUCUUUAU